AUGUCGCGCCCUACGAUAUCGAAGGCAAAAACUUCGUAUCCCAUCUUUGCCGCCACUUUCGCGACCAGUCGACCCGGUGUGCUCGCAGUAGGAGGAGGCGGCGGCGGAGGUAGACACGGCGUGAAGAACAAGAUCACUCUUUUCGACUUCACCUCACGAGCGUCGACCGUUGAACCUAUCGCCGAAAUCGAAGCUUCGACAGACGAUUCUGUCACAUGUCUUGCGAGCCUCGCGACCAAGGAUGGUCUCAUACUGUACGCGGGAGUCAACAGCAGUGAGGAGGACCGCGCAAAGGACAACAACGAGCACUUCCGCGCGUUCGAAGUCCAGCUGCCGAAGGGCAAGGUUGCGACCAACGGCGCAGAUGCAAGCAUCUCGUACCUGAGCAAGACGAAGCUCUUUGCACCGGUACAGAAUGUCAACGCAAAGAAGGAGGGGUACCAGCGCUUGGUGCGCCUGUCACCUCCGCAGAGAACACCAACAAGUACGCCCACACGGCGCAUCGGCGCAAUCGCUUCCAGUCUUGCAGGCGACGAGAAUGAGAUUGUCGUCUUCAGCGCGACUUCAAACAGGCCGCAGGAUCCGCAGGACAUACUACAGCGCAUCAAAUUAGGGAAAGGCGACGAAGCCAAUGACCUCGACAUCUUCGACACAGGGGAUGGCAAGUUUGAGCUUGUCUACGUGCUAGACUACGACGUGGUCGUCCACAAAAUCGCCCCAACAACGAGCAAGCCCAAAAACGAGCGUCGGAAGCUUUACACUCUCCCUCAAUUAGAUCUUGGUCAGAAGGGCGGCCGUUCUAAAAUUCGAUGCGUACGAUGGCUGACUCCAGAGCAUCUACUGCUGUUGGUCAACAAGCCCAAUAGGACGGGCGUCGAACUGCUUCUUAUACACAUGUAUGAGGAAGGCCCAGGCAGCGUUGUCUUGCGCAAGACGUUACCGAAACGUGUAAAGGCUGCAUCAGAUAUGGACGUUGCUCUUCUGGAUCCAGACUCGAACGGCGCGUACCAGAUUGCUAUUGCUGUAGCUUCGAUCGACAUCUCGCUCCUUGUAUACUCGAUAGACUACCAUGGCCGCUGGGGAAAUUCCCUGGGUCAUUUCCACCACUAUGCUACAUACGAUAAUGUACACGAGGUCCAGAUGACAAAAGCAGUAUUUUCCCCUUUCCACAAACCCGUUGCUCCUCCAGACCAAUCUGCGGACCGCAAGGCAGGACCGCAGUACCUUCGACUAGCCUCGACGUCGCUAGGCAACACUGUGUCGGUGGAGACGUUCGAGCUGCAACCAUACAACGGACGCUACGUCCUCCAGACGGCGCGGACAAGAAACAUGUACACAGCUGCCACGUACCUCGUCAUAGCCAUGGUUGUUGCCGCGUUGGCACUGAUGAUCCAGUCUUUCAUCGACCCUAAGGGUGAGCUGACAAGGCAUGUUGUCCCUCGCAGUCUCCAGAACGCCGGAUCCCAGUACAGACCGAUGGGUGAACUUGCGCGUGAGAAGCGCCACAACGCCGUGCUCAACAACGCAGACUCGCCCACCAUGAAGACGGUACACCGCAUUCAGGACCUGCUGCAUCUGCACAUGCCUCACCAUGCCUCUCCCGAAGCCCCAGCCCAGCAGAAGGCGCUGAUUAUUCAUCACGACCCCGAAGGUGCAGAGCUCAGUACAGAGGUACACGAGAGCACGGAUGAAGUGAUUGAGAAGCACACAGAGGCCAAGCAGUGGGAGGAGCUGAGCGAAGAAGAGCGCCACUACUGGAGGAAGAAGCUCACCGACGCGGGGAUGUGGGCCGUGGGCGAGGGCGAGACAAUAUUGAAGAGCAUCUUUUUUGGCAACAUUGCAGGUGCCAUUGGUGCUGCUGCGCAGGGAGCCAUUGGGUGA